GCAGGGCGGGCAAAGUGGGAGCUGCGGCUGCCAGACGGAGGAGCUCCGGCGCGUGAGGAGGCGGGGGACCCGGUCUGCCGGAGCGCGGGCCGGCGAGCGGGCAGCAGCCCGCACCCGCCGCCAUGGACCCGUUCCUGGUGCUGCUGCACUCGGUGUCGGCCAGCCUGUCAAGCAGCGAGCUGACCGAGCUCAAGUUCCUGUGCCAGGGACGCGUGGGCAAGAGGAAGCUGGAGCGCGUGCAGAGCGGCGUGGACCUCUUCUCCGUGCUCCUGGAGCAGAACGAGCUGAGUCCCGAGCACACUGCGCUGCUGCGCGAGCUGCUCGUCUCCCUGCGGCGCCAGGACCUGCUGCGGCGCCUGGACGCCUUCGAGGCGGGCGCGGCGGGCGGGGCGGCGCCGGAGGAGCGAGACCUGCGGGCGGCGUUUGAUAUCAUCUGCGACAACGUGGGGAAGGACUGGAGGCGGCUGGCUCGGCAGCUUAAAGUGUCUGACGCCAAGAUCGACGCCAUCGAGGAGAAGUAUCCCCGAAACCUGACCGAGCAGGUGAGGGAGUCGCUGCGAGUCUGGAAGAACAGCAGGAGGGAGGACGCGGCCGUGUCCCACCUGGUGGAUGCGCUCAGGGCCUGCCGCCUGAACCUGGUGGCCGACCUGGUGGAGGAAGAGCAGCAGGCCCGGGCCUCCCGGCGGGAGAGCGGGAGCAGCGACCCUGUGUCCCUCAUUUCCUGGGACGAGGACGUGCCCGGGUCGGGAGCUUCCUGAUGACCCGCUGCUCUUCCCAAGGCCCGAGGUUGACCCCGUCCUGUCUGCACCAGCACCGCGAUGACCCAGCCGGGAGCCGGGAUGAGGGCCGGCGCCCGCCCGCAGAGCCAGGCAGGACCGUGGUCCCUGUGGGCCCCCUGCGAGGGAGCCACUGUCACCCCCAUUCACCCAGUCCCGGCGGGAGGAUGCCGUGGGACCUUGUCCAGCGUCUGUACAGAUGUGCGGUCUGACCACUGCCAGUGAGGAGGCCAGUGGCACCAGGGGGGCGGGAAGUGUUUGAUUCAGCCACUUGUUACUGUUUUGUAUCAGAGUCACUCUCUUUCCCAUAACAGAAUUGGCCAGGGAGCUGGACCCUGGGAUUUUAAGAAGUGCUCUUUCUUCCUCUUUCUAAGGUAAUCCUGUAAAAACAAGUGCCUUAAAGAGG